AUGGCUGAUCCGUGGAUGAUACAGCCACAUGAGCAUGCCAAGUUUGCUGAACACUUUAGAAAUAUUGGCCCUGUCAAUGGCAUCCUCACUGGAGAACAAGCUAAAAGAUUUAUGCUACAGUCCCAGCUUCCACCACUGGUUUUGGGUCAAAUAUGGACAUUGGCAGACACAAAUGCUGAUGGAAAGUUAGAUCUUAAAGAAUUUUCAAUUGCUUGUAAGAUUAUCAAUUUGAAACUGCGAGGUGUUGAAGUACCUAAAACCUUACCACCCUCACUUUUGGCAUCUCUUAGUCCUACAGGACCUAAACAGAACUUCCCACCCCCAAAACCACCAAUCCCACCAAUGCCGGCCGCCAUGACACAGCCACUUAUAUCUGGCUUACAAUCAACCCCUACUCAAUCACUUUUAGGAGAUUUAUCACCACCAGGCAAACAUACUGUACCAGACUUGAUUUCUGGUGUAAAACCAACCCCGCCUUUAAUUCCUCCACAACCCGUUCUCAACCAACCUUUAGUUGGCAUGACUCCAAUGUCUCAACCAAUGAUUCCUAAUCAACCACUUCUUAGUCAGCAGCCACCACAACCAAGUCAACCUUUAAUCGCAACUUCUCAGCCUUUAAUUGGUCAAACAGUUAGUCAGCCCUUACUCGGUUCUGAAGCGAUGAUAUCACAGGCGCUAGGCUCACAGCCUCUUAUGUCACAAUCGUUUAUGGAUUCUCAACCACUGUCCCAGUCAUUAAUGGGAUCGGCCCCGAUUAUGAGUCAACUACCAUUACAAACUUCUCCAACAACAGCUAUGGGGACAAUGCAACCCAUGACACCCCAACCGAUGGGUAUGACACCACUACCGACUAGUCAACCCAUGGGGAUCAACCCACCGAUGACCAGCCAAGGCAUUACACCUCUAAUGGGAAUGUCACAACCCAUGGGUGUUCAACCAAUAACAUCGCAACCUAUGCCAGCACCUCAACCGCUGGUAGCAACUCAACCUCCCAUCCCUACUGGGACCACUGUAGCCUCAAUGGUUAGCCCUCCAAAGAGCGGAACACCGACCACUGCGGGCUCGGUGCUUGGUGCUCCUGUAACCUCCACGCCGAUAACGGCUGUUAAAAGCGAUUCCUUUGGAUCUAAACCAGGGUCAGGUGUAACAAGUCCUACAGAUUUGCCGAUGGGCGUGGUUAGUCCUCCGCCGGUCGAUUGGAGUAUACCACAGCCCCAAAAAUUAAAGUACACGCAGCUAUUUAACGCGACUGAUCGGGCCAAAGCCGGUUCUGUAUCAGGGGCUCAAGCUCGCGCCAUAAUGCUUCAAUCACGGCUACCACAGGCCACGCUGGCUCAGAUCUGGGCAUUAGCGGAUUUGGACUGUGACGGAAAGUUAGGCUGUGAAGAAUUUGUACUAGCAAUGUACCUAUGCGAGAGGGCUACCCAGGGUGAAGCACCUCCCGCAAAACUACCUCUAGAGAUGGUACCUCCAACAUUCAGACGUGACUCGAUCACGAGCAACACCAGUGCCAAGUCAUAUGAGGAGAGGAGACGAGAGAAUAUGGCACGGGGCCAAGCGGAGUUAGAGCGACGCCGCUCGCAGUUGGCCGAUGUCCAGAUGAAAGAGAAGGCGGAAAGAGAAAGAAAAGAAAGAGAGGAGGCCGAGAAGAAAGAGAAGUUGCGUCAAGAAGCUCUAAAGAAGGAACAAGAGGAAUUGCUGCGUAAACAGAAAGAAGAACAGGAAAAACGUGAAGCUGCUCGCAAGGAGAUGGAAAGACAGUGUCAACUUGAGUGGGAGAAGAAGAGAACUCGUGAAUUGGAAACUCUUCGUACGGAGGAGCAGAGUAAAGUUCUAAGCUUAAAAGCACGCAGCCAAGCUUUAUCCGCUGAACUUAAUUCCGUGAACUUAAAAGCUGGAAACUUGGCAAAGGAUAUACGAGAGACGAGAACUGCGGUGGCAACUGCCAAAUGCACUAUUGAUUCGAUGAGGUCGGACCGAGACGCAAAUAUGUCAGAGAUGCAACAACUAAAGACGAGAGUCAAAGAGCUGAACGCAAAGCAGAUAUCUCUUAACAAGGAAAAGGCAGAUAUUGAUGCCAAGGCAAAGGCAUCAGAGGGCGCUGGUGAUGAUGGUAAACUCAGCAUGAUGGAGGUCACUCUGAAACAACUCAGAGAUAAGGUGGAAGCAGCCAAAGCCAUAGUGGAUUCCAAGCGGUCUGACCUGGACACGAAUCAGAAACAGUUGGAGGAAGUCAACGCAAGGGUUGAGGAGCUGAUAGAGAAGUGUGGUGCUGUUUGGCAACUCUAUGAGGAGAAGAGGCAGAAGUAUGAAACUGAAAGAAGUACUGCGCCCGCUGAUAGCGCCGAUGCAUGGGGUGCUUCUGAGGACGCGUGGGCCUCUGCCCCCACUACAGCUGACUGGGGCGACGCACCACCUACUUCAGGUAUCGAGUCUGUGCCGUCAUCGGCGAGUGCAAGAUGGCGGUGCGUGUACGAAUUUUCGGCAAGAACUGUGGACGAACUCAGUUUGCAGCCUGGUGAUCUGGUGUUCGAAGCUGACGCUCCAAGAGGUGAUGCUGAGCCCGGGUGGCGAUGGGGUGCCGCUAGAGGUCAAACGGGCUGGUUCCCGGAAUCAUACGUCGAAGACUUGACUGCGGUGCCCUCUUACGACCAAAUGGAGCCUUUGGAGACUAAAACGCAACUUGAAGGUAUAGCAGAAGUUCCGGAACCGGAGAUAUCCACUGACUUGGGAGGAGCCAUGCCACCUGUUGAAGGUGGUGAUUUCUACAUAGCAGCCUAUCCCUACGCAUCUGGGGAACCAGGAGACCUAAUAUUUGAAUCAGGAGAAAGAAUAGAAGUAAUAAGAAGAGAUGGAGAUUGGUGGACUGGCAGGAUUGGGAUACGUACCGGUAUAUUCCCAUCGAAUUACGUAACCAAAGAUACAACAACUGGAGAUGCGAUGUCGAGUAUACCGGAAGCGAGGGAACCGGAACCGGAGCCGCAACCAGAACCCAAACCGGAACCGGAACCAGUGAUAGAACCCGUUGUUGAACAGGAGCAAAAAUCGUCGACUCCAAUAUGUUCGGAAGUGGCGAACAUAACCGAGGCAAGUGCGGCGGCUGGUGGUCCCAGGCCCGCCUCAGCCGCUAGACGCACUUCCGAGUCCGGGCGGGACUCAGUCACCGGAAGACGGACGAAGGAGGUCGCACAGGCUCUGGCUAAUUAUACUGCUACUAGUACCGAACAACUUUCCCUGACGAAGGGUCAACUACUGAUAGUACGCAAAAAAGCAGAUAGUGGCUGGUGGGAGGGAGAAUUGCAGGCCAAAGGACGUAACCGACAGAGUGGAUGGUUCCCUGCUAGUUAUGUCAAGGUGUUACAGUCAAGCGGUCGUACGUCAGGACGCACAACGCCCGUUUCGUCAAAGAUGGACGCGUUACCCUCUGAGACUGUCAUUGAUAAGGUGAUGGCGUUAUACCCAUAUACAGCACAAAACGCGGACGAACUGAGCUUCGAGAAAGACGACAUCAUAGCUGUCACCGACCGCAGUCAGGAUCCCGCUUGGUGGCAAGGUGAACUCCGCGGUAUGACAGGUCUCUUCCCUAGUAACUAUGUCACUAAAUUAGUUAACUAA